AUGAAUAGUGUUCCGAGAGACUUCCUCCCCGAUGAUAUCGUCUUCGCAGAAGACCUAUUGGAGCUUGGAUUUGUUGUCACGAAAGAUGACAAAAUCCGGUACAUCGCCGCCCCGGACCAGGGCCCUCGUUACAAGGUCAACCGAAGUGACCGCAUCAACAAGGUCCACAUUGAGGCCCUCCAUAGUCAGCAAACCUUCAGAUACAUUUUCAUAGUAGUCUAUGGUCCUGAUGAAUCAUUUGGCGCUAAUAACCUCACAGAGGCGAUCCGUACCAACAUCAUCGACCGGCUCCUGGGAAUGGGCAUGCAUUUCAUGAAGAUUCCCAAGGGUAGCAAGAGGCAGGUCCCCAUCAUGGUGUCGGGCAAUGUGACCACUGCACCUCGAGUUGUUGUUUUCUGCGGCGAGAUUGUUGAAGACCUGGGUGUCUUCUCGUACCGUGACGCUUGCGACGACGGUAUUUCUUUCGGGUCGAUCCUGGGCUUUGCAAAAGGUCUGCUCGGUGAGAAUGCUCAAGAUUCGCCUAAUGCUCUCAUUCUUGCCAACGCUGGUCACACCGUCUGGUAUAAUGCAGGUUGGCUCGCGAUGACCCCGGACAGUGUUGAUGGUCAACAUCGCACCUCUGCUGUGGAGCGCAAGCGUCCACUGAGUGCUCGUAACGUGGUUGGCUCCAUCGGUGAACAUGUUCGGAAUGUCUUCGAACAAGUCUUGAUGCGCGGUACCUUCCGAGUCGGUGCCAGAAUCGACGUCAUCGGCCUGUCUGAGGGCGGCCAUGCUGCCAUGACAUACCUGAAGAAUCACUGGAGUUUCUGGUCGCCCCAUAUCUCCUCCCUCUCCCUGAUCAACCCCGAGACAAUGCUUGGCACAAACACCAAGACGGAUGACCUGAAGGGUCCAGGGUCAUUUGCCUGGUUCAUGAAACACCGUUGCCGUGCCUGGAUCAUCUGUGAUAAGCCGAUUGGCACACGUAUGCCUGGUCUUGACCUCCCUCAUGGCUGCAACACAUACUCCUCCGGGGAAGGCACAAAGUCUGCGUGUAUGAUCACUCGUGGUGUGGGACACAUCUUGACUUGGAUGAACAUUAUGCACUACACUCCAAUGGCGAUGGAGAGAUUUGGUGUGGUCUCUGGCGAGACCGAUCCCAGCCACAAUGUUAUUCUGAUCAACAACGUUCCGGAAGUCCCUGACGGCAAGAUUGAAGUGCAUAACCUAGAUGUUAUAAGCCAGAUGAAAGGCUUACUGGCCGGUGUCACGUUCACGGAGGACAUGAGUACUUUUUUCAAUAACAAGCUAUACUCUGCUGAUGAUAAUGAAAACACAAGCGAUGACGGCAGCGAGGGUUCGGCCGUUUACAGAGUUGAAGACAAUGAUGAGCUUGAUGCUCUUCCUGACGCUCCCAACGUUCUUUCCGUUCCGGAAACUCCUCCUCACUACGACGACGUGGUUGUCGGCAAGACUGGGCCAUUUGACCUCAAAGAUCUGCAAGAUAUCCGAGAGGACGAAGAAGAAGAGUAA